CAUACAGGAAGAGAAACUAUUAAUAAAAUGAUAAAGAAACAUUGCGUUUAUCUCGAAAGUUUUUUUCUAUAAAUUUAAGAUGAUUGGUUGAGUCAUUUAACUUGUAAGGACAGUUACACAGAAGAAGAGAGAAAAGAGGAAGGACGCAUCAGCUUUCAAAAUCAGAACUUCCUGACGGAUCAAACACACCAAAGCAAGUGAGGUGAUGAGACAGUUCAGACCGCUCUCCGUCAGUUUAAUGACUUUUCUCCAUAACAAUGAAUAUCCACCGUCUUCUGCUCUGCUGCUUCAUAUAUGCAGAGUUGUGUGGGCUCAUCAGUGCACAGGUUAUAUCAGUAACAGGAACUGAAGGACGAGGCAUCACAGUGCGAUGCCACUUUUCUGUCUCUGGAAGCAGGAAGUUCUUCUGUAAGGGAAAUUGCAAUCCAGGCAAUGUUCUUAUUGAAACAUCUGAGACAAAAGCACAAAAAGGCAAAUAUAGCAUUGAAUAUGGAGGUACAGUGAGUUAUCCUGUCCUGUUUGUGACCAUCAAACCACUGACCAAGUCUGACGCUGGGCGUUACAAGUGUGGUGUGAGCGGAUUCUUCGUGGAUUCAGAACAGGAGGUCCAACUCAUUGUUAAAGCUGCUCCAACUACCAGCUCACCCAGCUCAACACCUUCGAUCACUCUGUCUCUAAGCACCAUGCAAGUAAGCACAGCAGACUCAGUCUCCGACACACGCUCAGAGCACUUCCUGCCUCUGGUUGUAUGUGUGCCUGUGGUCGUUUUGGUGUUGGCAGCCGUUCUCUUCCUCCGCUGCAAAAAGAAGACACAAAGGAAGGUUGAUGGAGUAACCCUUGAUUACAGAAACACAAAGAUUGAACCUUAUGAAAACUGCGUUUUUCACACACGUGAAGACGCCAUCUACGAGAGCCUCGAUCCAAUCAGCAGGGACCAGGACCCAACCUACUCCACACUCUCACACACUCACACGACUCACAAGGGGAUUCAAGAUGAUUACAAUUAUCUGUGAAAAAUGCAUGUUUUAUAUAGUUUUAUACCCAUGUGUAUGAUCAUACGUCUUAUAAAAAUAAAUAAAGAAAUAUAAGCUACAUGUAGGUCAUGGAUGUCAACCUCAGUUUGUGUUUGGGACACAUGAGGAAGUGAUAUUCCUAAAUACAAUUUGGUCCACAGAAAUGAUCCAACACCCUCGUGAGCUUCAGCACACCUGUUGGCACAUUUUGAAGUAAUAGUGAGUUUGUUAUUGGCCUCCUGUAACAAACACACUAGUUUAACAAACGGUGUGUACCUUCUGUGAAAUGCGACACUGACACUGACAUCUUUCCUUCUCUUAUGACUUGCUGUGACUUUUUACGUUUACUGUUUAUUUUUAUUUUACUACUUUUUCCAGAUUCUAAGCUUUGAUUCAUGUUCUGAUAUUUUGAGUAGUAUUAGGUUCAUUUUCAUUUUAUUUUAUUAUUUUAGUCUUAAGUCACCUUGACUGGGCUUCACAUGCUGUCAUUCAGUAACCUGCAUAAUAAAAAAUGUUGAUUUAAAAUCAUAUUUCAUUGACAGAAACAAACUUAUUCUAAACUCGUCAGACAAAACAAAUUAGCAAGUGACUCCUAUACACACAGGAAGGAGCGCGCUGUCCUCAAAGACACUAACAUGCUCUUGUCUACGACAGUGUACAUAUGUAAAUG